UUUGGUUGUUUGUUGUUGGUUGCGACGAAUGUGAUUUUGGAUUUGUGUCUUUGGUGCAGCGAACGAAGUCGAAAUGAACUUCGAUACGAUUCGUUUGGAAUCCAGGGUUCUCGUCAAAGAGGCCCUGGCUACAAAGAAUGUGGGUCCGCUGCUGGCCAAGCAGAAGCUGUACAAUCGUCCCGAUGCUGAUGUCAAGACACCGUUCGAUCAGGUCUUCAAAGAUCUGCUGUUGGAUUACAUAGUGGACGAGACCAAUAUUGGGGUGCUCGAGGAUCUGAUCACGCUGAGCAUAGAGUCCAGUCGCAAGGGCGUCACGAAUCUGGCUCUACCAGUUAACUUGCUCGCAGAUAUCUUUGAUUUGUUCACGUUGGAUUCCUGCGAGAAGAUGUUCUCUUAUGUGGAACGUCACGUUAACGUGUUGAAGGAGGAUCUCUUCUUCCAAGCCUGCAAGAACAAUUUACUCAGAAUGUGCAAUGAUCUGCUGAGGAGGUUGUCCAGAUCGACGGCUACGAUUUUCUGCGGACGAAUCUUGCUUUUUCUAGCAAAAUUCUUUCCCUUCUCUGAGCGUUCGGGUUUGAAUGUCGUCAGCGAAUUCAAUUUGGACAACGUCACCGAGUACGGUGCAGAGAACAUCGUCAUGGUGACAUCCAAGGAUGAAAAGAAAAAGCCUGUUCUGAUCGAUUACAAUUUGUACUGCAAGUUUUGGUCCUUGCAAGAUUUCUUCAGGAAUCCUACUCAGUGUUACAAUAGGGUCCAUUGGAAAGUGUUUUGCAACCAAGCGAGUUGCAUCAUAAGCACGUUUCAAGGGCUCAAAUUGGAGCAUCUGGAGAAGGCCGCUUCAUACACCAUCGAGGAGGAUGGGAACAAGGAGAAGAUUCCCUACUUCUCCAAGUACCUGACCAAUCAGAAACUGCUGGAUUUGCAGCUGUACGACGUCAACUUUAGGCGAUUCGUGCUGAUGCAGUUUCUAAUUCUGUUCCAGUAUUUGACGUCCACCGUUCGUUUUAAAUCGGAGACGUACGAAUUGAAGCCCGACCAGAAGGAGGUCGUGCAGGAUUAUACGGAUAAAAUUUACCAGUUAUUGAAGGAGACUCCUCCGGAUGGUGAGAAGUUUGCGGAAAUCGUGAAGAAUAUUUUGAAUAGGGAGGAGCAUUGGAAUGCGUGGAAGAACGAUGGUUGUCCAGAGUUCAAGAAAGUUCUAAGUAAUCCUGUAAGUGAGGUGUACGAGAAGCGCGAAUCCAAAGUGCCACUCGGGGAUAUCCUGAAGGAUGCUUACAGCAACGGCGUUCACUACAUGGGAAAUACUGAAUUGACGAAGCUGUGGAAUUUGUACCCCAACAAUUUGGAUGCGUGCAAAGCUAAGGACAGGGACUUUUUGCCGACGCUGGACUCGUACUUUGCCGAAGCCAUCGAGCAGCUGAACCGGAACGAACCGAGUCUUCUGCGUGACGGGAACUUCGGGUGGAGAGCGCUGAGGCUUAUGGCCAGACGCAGUCCACAUUUCUUCACGCUGAAUCCAAUCAGCGAGUUGCACAGUUACCUGGAGAUGAUGGUGCGCAAGAUCGUCGCGGAUAAACCGGGCGUGGUACAGGAGAACGAGCAGACGGUCGAGAUCGAGACGAACGUCCUGCUGCAGCCGGACGAGUCCGCCGAAGACAUGAAAGCUGUCGACGGCGACGACACCGACGAGAACUACAUCCGAUUCAAGUUCGCCAUAGUUCGCAUGACGCAGUUCCAUUCGUUCUGCGAGAAGCUGUCGACGAAUUGGAAGACGUUGGCGCUGAAGCUCGGCUACAAGCAGGACGAGAUCCAGUUCAUCGAGACGCAGAACACGGAGGCCGUCGAUCAGGCUCGUAACCUGCUGCAUCUCUGGUUCGAGGACGACGACGACUCGACGCUCGAGAACUUCCUGUACAUACUGGAGGGGCUGCAGUUCGACGACGUCGCCGAGGAGGUGAGGAUCGCCAUCGAGCAGAUGAAGUCCCUCAAGGAUUUCUAAUAGUAAGAGCUGUUCAUCUUCACGAUCGGCUGCAGGCUGCGCUGCUGCGCCAGCUCCUCGUACAUAUCUGCGAAAAGACACGAGACAAAACACGUUCGUUCGUUAGUCGAUGCGGGCAUUCGCAAUGAAAUCAAAUCUUACGUUCGACGCCGUCGAUUUCGUCGUGUUGCCUUACUGAAAACAAACAAACAAACACAAUGUGAAUUAUUUUAUUUUCUAGGUUUAUUAUAUAUAU